AUGGCUCCCGCUGCACUGGUCGGAGCUGCUACAACUUCCUCGAUUCAACGUCGAGUGCAGACAGCGCAGCUCGGAACACCUGCAGAGGUCCCGACUUCGAAACGCGUCGCUGGAGGAGUUGCACGACCGCGUUUGGUGACUUCUACGAAGGCAGCUGCAGUAAAGCCGGCUCCGAAAUCAGCUCAACGGGUGAGGGCUGUUCCAUUGAGCGACUCCAGCGCCACGAUGUUCAUGUCCAAGCCGGUCUCGACAACUUCUGGUCGCAACGGUGUUGGAUCAAUUGGCAAGGCAGCAAUGCCCACCUUUGAAAUACAGCGGGUCAAGGAGAUAGCACGGAGAUCCGAGGGGACGAUCCCAGCCUUGCACGCAACCGCCGCGUCACCUAGACACAGUGGAGUGUCAGUGGAAGGCCGAACUGUGGCAUCAGUGAAGGAAAAGCAAAUGGCUGAGCUGCGUGCGCAGGUCAAGCGCUGUGGGUUGCCAGUGAGCAAGGGUCCAGCAGCGAUGAGAGCUCCGGUCAUGGGAAGGUUUGGCCAUCAAGCUGAAGAGGAAUGCUCUCGGUCGCCUUCGCAGGCGCCUGCUUCACCAUGGCCAGCAUCACCGCGACAGGCGCCGGCUUUGGAAGAGGAGCUUGCUUGGGCUGUGGAGCAAAUGGAGAUGCACCGGCGGCAGAUCGAGGCCCACCAGAGGCAGCUGUCAAUCCUUGAGCGACGUCAUGCUGAGCUUGUGACAGCCCUCCGUGAGCCCUCAUCUCGAGGCACUGGCGUUGGCAAGCUCUUUUCACGCGAGGAGUCAUUGACGGGACCUUCCGGCUCAGGCCUGUCCGGCUUGUCUGGACUCUCCUUCUCAGAGGUUGCUAGCACAACCAGCAGCACGUCCUUGGGAUUUGCCUGUGCAGUGGCAGCAGCCGAAGCUCGUCUAGGUCGGCAUGGUGAAGCUCAGGAAGCCCAGCGCCAAGCUCGUUUACUUCGUGAGGCGGAGUCUCAGACAUCCGAGACGCCGGGGGCCGAUGACGUCCCCAGGCACCAGCCGACACCUGGUCAGAGUGGGCCGGAAGUAGACAGACCUGCCAAGCUCACUGCAUCGGAGCCAUCUCUGCACCAAUCUGUGUCCGUGCCCGAACUGCUGCGGGAACUGCAAGACAAUCGUCCGAUGCUGGCCAACUUUGUUCCAUGCAAUGUCUCCGAUGACAGCCCUGGGCUGCAAUACCUGUACGGCUCCCUUGAGGUUAGGCUAUUCUCAGAAAACGGUCGACUUCUAGUGCGCGUAGCCCCGAAUGGCCGGACGCUGGAGGUCAAUGACUUCCUGGCAAGAGUGGAGGUGAUUGAGGCAAAGAGGCGCUGGGCAUGGACCAUAGCAGAGGAGACCGAAGCCAUCAAUGAGACGCCAAAGUCGCAAGCUGGUGCCCUGCCAUUGGAGGCAGAGGCCAAAGAAGCGUGUGACUCGCAUCAGCCCAAGAACUCCUGGAAGCAUUUCUUCAAGGCACAUUGGCCCUGA